AACCCAACACAUUUAGUCCGAACCUGUUGAGGACGAAAAAACGAAUAUAUUCGUUUGCAACCUUACAUCACUGCAUCAUUGGUACAAGAUCAAUGAAAAAAUCUGCUUCCAAACUUGGACAAGGAGAUUUGCCUUCGGCAGGCCUGAAAUUCUCCUGCUCAAUUGAGUCCUCAGUCCCAAUCACAUCAAUACACUCGCUCACUCUCUCUCUCUCCUUGAGUCAUCAUGUUCUGGACCAUCACCACCCCCACCAACACCACUAGGCUCGAUCCUCGGAUCCCAUGAACUCGCCAGUUUCAUAUCCCAAUCCAUCCCUAAUCAGUCCUCCAUUGGUCGCUCUCUUCCCAUCCUCCGUCCUCUAUUCUCUAGGACGGUCGAGUUCUCCUCCCUCCUUUUUCUCCUCCAGUCCUCCGAGUCCUCCGAGUCCUUUUCUCUGAAAGGUUUCGACCGCCCAACCGCCGCUCUCUUGCUCCCAUCUGCCCAGUCACAGACACUGGCAUUUCGACCUUGAACCAAGGCCGGCCCACGCCCGGACUCCUAGCCUUAGGUUAAGAGCUUAACCGAGCGCCCACCCGGGAAAGGGCCUUUGAUUAGGCCAGCUUUCUCUUGUUUCCCCCAGAAGGACCCCACCUUGAAAGACCGGGCCUGGUUCGCCCGGAGGAGGGUCGGGCUCCUUACACUCACGGUAGUGGGAGAUCCAUUGCUAAGCGCGGCUCAGAGCUUGUUACUCCCUGAGGGAGACCUUUGAAGGCUCUGCUCCUCUUCCUGGCCCCCCCUCCCGACCAGGAGAGCACUGCUGUGGCUGUUAUUGUGAUUCGGACUUGUGCUACUUCCUACGAGUCUGGCCUUUGAAGACAAUUUUCGCGACGAAUACGAUUCCUGCCACAAUUGGGCUACUAUGUGAGAGUUUCUGCGGUGAACCCCCGGACAAAUCUGGCCUUGGGCUCGCGGGAAGUAUGAGGAUCGUGGCGCGGUGCAUCGGGCAUCCCUGAAGAUCCACGUCAUGCCCGCAUCACGGAUUGAUUGUGGGGCGGGAGUAGUGCGGGAUAUGUUCUUCACAUCUAUCGGCACUUAGUUCACGAAUCACCCAGUGAGGGCAGAAUGGGCGGGGCACUCUCGCAUUUUUUCCAAUCCGGUCACGCCCUGCUGUCCUCCUCCCAUAAUCGCAAUGUCUCCGAGCAAACCAAACGCAACAUCCGGAUUGUGUUUGACGCUCUCCGAGCCAAUCCCAAGGUCACAGUUCAUCGCCUUGAGGGACUCCUCUCGACCAUUCCGAGAAGUGAAAACAUCCUGCAAAUCCACAACGAGGAAGGAUACAACUUGUUGCAAAAAUGUGUGGGCAUUAACAAUCUCGAAAUGGCUCGGUGGUGCCUGUCUCGAAAUAUCGAUAUCAAUCGGGGAGCUUGCUCACUGCCCCUACAUAUCGCUUGCCUAAAAGGGUAUGAAGACGUGGUUGAAUUGCUGUUGAAACAUGGGGCUCGUGUGGACGUGGAGGCCCGGAUGUGUUGGCCAGGGCCUCAUCAGCAGAACUGUGAAGAGCGAGGAAAGCACUCCAGGAAUCGUGAUCACGACCGGGAGCAUCACUACCGGUCCUUUGACAAACUUCAAUGUGCCAUCUACUAUGCAAUUGAUGGGGAUCAGGUGGACAUUUUGGAACUCCUGGCCCAACAAGGAGAGGACCAUUGGCUCCCCUGGCAACAGAAGCGCCCACUUCUGCACAUAGCGUGUGAGCGCGGUGCGUGGAACUGUGUCAAGUAUCUCGUAUCGGAGCGCUCGGAUGAGAUCAAUCAGUGCUAUGACGAGUACUAUCCGAUUCAUCAAGCCGCCCUCCAUGAUAUCAAGUUCCUGGAGUUGCUCAUCCAAUGCGGGGCCGAGACCACGGUGAGGACUUCCACUCAACAAAUGACCGCGCUUCACGUGGUCCUGCUGCAGGGCAAGAAAACGGCCGAGGACACGUUGCAGACGGCCAAGCUGCUCAUGGAGCACGGUCUGCGCGACCUCAUCAACGAAGCUGACUCGCUCAGUAAUACCCCGCUCCAUGUCCUCAUUGUCAGAUACGCCAUGGAGGAGCGUCGGUUUGGCUACAAUAUCGACCAUCAGCCCUGGAACAAGUGGGACAUGCUUCACAUCGUGCGAUACCUGCUUCAAAAUGGCGCCCGCCCUUCGAUCAAUCAGACGCACAAUUCGGCUUUGGCGUGCGUGCUUCGACACAUCACGGAUUGGGAGUUCCGUUACGACUUGCUGCAGAUGCUGUUGCAAGAGGGUGGCGACCCCAAUGUGGAAGGACGCGACGGGUCGGUGCCGCUCAUGGUCUGCUUGGUGCCUCUGAUCAAUAAAGACCCGCUGCAUCAUUUCACGCACACUAUGAAAGUGUGCUACUUGAACUGUGUGCGCAUCCUGUGUAACUUCGGUGCCAAUCCCAACUGCACGUCGCGCAGCAACCUCACCCCACUGCACGUGCUCGUGUUCACGGCCAAAGAAAACAUAUCGCUCGCUCGGGAGGAGGAGAAAAGCCAGGGCUUCGAGUUCAUCCGGAACCUGUUGACCUUGCUGCUCCAACACGGUCUCGAUCCGAAUGUCAGAUUCAGCCAACGCUUCAACCAUAGCCUGUUGUCAUUGCUGGACAUGGUCCAGAACGCCCGCGUCCCCUCCGAUCUCAACUACGUGUACGACCUCACAUUGACCCUUUUGCAGUACGGUGCUAAUCCGAACGUGAACAUCGAUAGUAGUGCAGACGGAGACGACGACGGCUAUUCGGGUUUCGGGUGCGGUCCGGAUCGCCAUCGCUCUAUGGGAGGUCGCGGGGGUCGGCUGCGCUCCAAUCAUGUGCUCUCUCAUUUCGUUCAGGUUCUCAUGCAGAAAGACAAUCUGUGCCAUGACCCAAACCAGAGCUUUGCACGCAUCAUCACGCUCUACUAUCUGACCAUGGACCAUCACCCCCUGUAUACGUGUCUCCGAUUGCUCUAUGCACAAACCGGAUCCAAUCCCAACCCAAAUAUCAGUGCCUUGUGUCAAGUUAUCAAGGAGAAGUGCUCCAAGCCCCGAACUCUGAAGCAAAUGGCCCGCAUCGUGAUCUACAACAAGAUCGGCCAACGGCCCGCCAUCUCCGCCAGCAAACUUCCUUUGCCCGCUGUCUUGAAGGACUACGUGCUUAACUUCGACCCUUAAAACUACGAUCUAUCAACUAUGAAAGCAAACUUAUUAUUCAUCUAGUCCCUCUCUCACUCUUCCUUCUUCCCCUCUCCCUCUUGCCAUUAAUAUCUUCUAUAUCUUUGACAACGCGUCCUCAUUUUCAUCCAUUUACACUCCCCAAAACUACACUGACGUACAACAACUAUUUACCAGGCGGGUCAAGUAUUUGCCUCACCCCUCCCUCUUCUGGCAAUGUUAUUAUUCUUUUCAUUUUAUUUUUAUUCCCAUGAUCUUUUUGGUCUACUUUCUAUCUUUGCAUAAACAUCAUACAUACCACUUACCAAAAUCAAGCAGGUUUACAAUAAUCAUCCCAUCACUAUCAUCACUAUCACCACUUCUCGUACAACGUCAACAACAUCUCCUCCUUUAACCAUUGCUACAACUACAAUUUCUACAGUUUCAAGCUUGCAAAUCAUCAUGUCACGAUAAACCGACAACCUCUUAGAACGAGCAACCUAAAUCGUCUACAAAUCUAGUUCGACUCCUCCUCACGUCUUCAUCUUCCUUCUUGUCCUUUUCCUCCUCUUCUCCGUCUUUUUUAUGAUCACUCCGUAUGCUCUCGAAGGUUUCUGCCACCUUGCUCCAUAUCUUACCCGAAACGACGAUAAACCACCAAACAAUAUUGCCUCUGUAAUUGUUUUAGUCAAUGCAAUAUUUCUAUCAGCAUCAACAACAACAACAGCUCCGUUAUCAGCCACCAUCCAAAAGGAGGAAAACACCAUCAUCAUCACCAUCAUCGACGUCAAUUGCAACUUCAACCACCCAAAAUAUUCAUCUGGCCCUAUUGCUUUUUCGUACCUUAUCCAUGAACCACAGGAAUAUGGAUGGGGAUGCUAGUCUGAAAUUUACAUUAUUGAAGCAAGUGAACUUGCGCUUCAAUUACAUGUUUUAAUUUGCAGUUUUAUCGAACAACUGGAUCAAAAACUACGUAUAUGCUCUCUCAAAUUGCAGCUCAUAAGGCACAGAAUGAAUGUUAUAGCCAUGUACUUGAAAACAAUUACCAGAAUAGGGCUAGCUCAUUCAUUUUGUGUAGAAUCAUGUAGUAAUCUUUGAGGAGGCAUGAACUUUGGCUCAGCCAAUCGAUUAUGCUGAAAAUUGCAACAAUUAGUCGAAGCGACCUGGGGUAUGUAUGCUCCUUUGAAAAAGAACGCAAGCACCAUGUUUCAGCGGUUUAUUCCUUAUCCCAUCGAUUGAACUUUGAAUCUCCGGAAAAUCGGAUCCAAAACCGGACCUCCCUUCCAACCAACAAACCAACCAACCAAGAUAUGAUCAAAAGAAUGUACAACUGUUUGGUGCCAUUGAAGUCGAUUUUUGGACCGACGACGGAUAUUUUAGGUCAAGGAGUGUUUGGAGUAUUGUUCCCAUUCCUAUUGCCGCCAUUCCUCUUAUCCUUCUUCUUAUUAUUGCUAUGGAUUGCUGAUUAUCUUGAUUUCUUUUGUAAAAUUGCAUAUAUUACUUAUAUAAAUGUUGAAUGUGAAGGAAAAUAAUAUAACACAUAUUUGUUGAUAAGCUA